GUGCGGAGGCGGCCCGGGGAAGGGGGAAGGCGCGGAGGGUCCCUGUCGUUAUGGUCCGGAGGAUUUCAAGGUCGGUCCCAGAGUUUGCCCUCUGGUCGUUUUUGCCUCUAGUCUAGUCUGCUUGUUAGGAUAUUGUGGAUACCGGCAUUGGCCAAUUAGGAUAAUUAUAACUUGAAAUAUUUUGUUCCAGUGGUAUUAAUACUGUGUCUGGAAUAACUUUAAUAAAGUACUUGACAAUGCAUUAUUUAAUGUGUAGCAUAAACGGUAGUUAUCUUACCUUUCAGUCGGUCUUUAGGGAUGCCAGCGUUUCCUGCUUCAGGUCAGUAAAAUGGGGCAUUGGUGAAAUAAAAGGCUUGGUUGUAGCAGCUUAGAUUAAACUGUUACAAUGUGAGAAGAGUCCUACUUGCAAUCUGAGAGGAUCGGUUCUCUCAGCAGCUUUCUGCUAAUUAACUUGCUGGUGGAGGAAUGCUUCCAAAUUGGUAUUUUUAGUAGCGGGAAGUACAAAGAUACUGCCAGUUAUGUUGGUAGUGUCUGCUUAACACCAUUGAGUUGGCAUACUGAUUCCUGCAUGCUUUUCCACUUGUAUGCUAUUUUUUUUUAACCCAGUAUUAUGUCAGUGCCUGACUUUUUUAAUCACUAGAAUCAACAACAGCGUCAGGGAAGACACAGGCAGACUUUUAUAUUGAUGCUUUAGGCUAUUGGACAGAGUUUGUCUUCCAGGUCUGUACGUGUUGAUGAGAAAAUGAAGAACCUCCUCCCAGCUGCUUGUUACCAUCCUCCUUCCAAAGUCUGCUGCUGACUGAAAUCCAUCAGCUGAUCUGCUUGGAGGCUAUUUAAACUCUUAAAACUAAUCCAGAUUGCUGGGAAUAAUACAAGUUAGGGAGUGGUCCUCUGAGCAGCUGAACCGGCAGAUCUUUGAAGCUAGUAACUCAAGGAAGAAUAGGGGGAUGGAAAACCACUGAGAACAGGCCAGUAGUUUUUAAUAAAGUUUGCUAUUGUUGUAUCUGUUCAGAGUCAUGAAAAAACAGUGGAACUAUUUCUCCUUGGUUUGUAUUCCUGUUGCUUCCUUUAUACUGAUACAAACAUGCGUUCCCCCCAAGAAUUAGCUUUCAGUUGGAUCCGUUUUCUCAUCAGUUUAGUGGCUGGCUGUGCCAAUUCCAGAGCUGGAUCUUGAGAAGAACAAGAAGGGGUGGAUGGAACCAGCCCUGUUCAGUGGGAGCCCGCACUGAUGUCAGGCUAAAGUGAGCGUGAAAUUGCACUCUUGGCAAUGGUCCCUGGAGGUAAAUUUAAGAACGCUGAAUUGAUAUUACCAUGUGAAUGGAAAGAAUGCUGCUUUGUAGGGAAAUGCAUGGAGGAAUUUUGUAAUCAUAUUGCAGAACACCUGGAAGAGUACAUACACCAUCCCCUGGAAACAGCAGAGCAGUACCGGUGUUGGUGGAGAAGUUGUGAAUUUGGAGCAAAAGAUCCCAGAGAGCUGAUAACACAUGUCAAUUUUCAUGGUUACCACACCAAACUGAAAUUCAUAGGCUCUCAGUUACAGGCAUUGCACCACGAUUUGCCAGUGUGUUUGCAGAACAGUCGUAGUUGGCAGCAGUUACCAAAGACUUCAGAGGAGUUUGUUUGCCAUUGGGAGAAUUGCAAUGUUACCUUCAAUAACCCAGUGUGGUUUUAUCAACAUGUUGCUAUUCAUGCCUAUGCUACUGAGGAAGAAACUGUUACAGAUCAGAAGAAAGCUGUUUAUUGUCACUGGAAAGAUUGUUUAGGCAUAUUUAAAGGAAAGCAUAAGCUCUUGGAUCAUUUAAGAACCCACACACAAGAAAAAGUUGUAGCAUGUCCUACUUGUGGAGGAAUGUUCUCCAAUAACACUAAGUUUUUUGAUCAUGCAAAGAGACAAGUUUCAGAAGAUAUUAACCAUGUUACAUGUGCCCUUUGUGAUAUGGUAUGCACAAGUGUCUCCUCACUGAAAGCACACAUCAGAUUCCGACACUGUGAUGAACGUCCUUUCCAUUGUCACCUCUGUGACAGCGGUUUUAAGAAUGCGUAUGAUCUGCAUAAACAUGUUGAAACACACAAUGAUUCAGAUGCCUACAGCUGUGAUGUUGAAGGAUGUGGUUUUACUUCAUGGACUUUACGAAAUUUGAGACAGCAUUACAAGAGAGUGCAUGUGAGUAAAAGCAUUCUGAAGUAUAAAUGCCACAUCUGUCAGAAAUGUUUCUCCUGGAGUUAUACAUUGACGCUACAUCUUCGAAAAGCUCAUAAACUCAGCAGUCAUUCUCGUUUCAGAUACAAAGAAGAUGGUGAGGGUCAUAUGAGUUUGAACAUAGCAGUAUAUAACGCUGUCAUGGGUUUAGGUCAGGCUGUUAAUAACAAGAUCGUAACAAAUAAGUCUUCACCAAGUCAAAAUAGUUUUGGAAGAGGAGGAGGGGACUCUUGCGAAAGAGACACUUCAACAGUAGAAGUACUUUUCACACAGCUUCAGCCGUGGUCACAAGCUACUGGAGAAAAUGUUCUGGUAGAAAGAGAGACUUCUAUGCCAGAGCCUGUGUAUUCUGAACUUCAAACUGUUGUACUUCCACUAAAGUUGCGGAAGCAACACCAAUGAAUUUGAGGGAAAAACUCUUAGAAAUGGAACUGGGCUUGGGAAUUCAGAUAGCUUUCUAAAAAACAGCCUUUUUGUGGAUUUUUACUGUGAAAACUAUACUCUUCAGAAGAGGUUUGGUUUUUUUAAACAAAAUAUGUUUUAAAGUCUUCACUUUUAUCCUUGUCAAAUCUUAUAUAUAAUACUGUGUUUUCUCAGCUUUCAUGUUAAAUUAUUCUAAUGUGCUUAGAGAAUAUAUGCAAGAUACACACAAUACUAUACACACAUAAUACUUUCAUUUUUAGUCUUUUGGAGAAGAAACUUCUAAGUUCUUUGUAUUCAUAUAGCAUAUAUAUGUGUGUGCGUGUGUAUUUAUUUAUUUAUUAAAAAAAUAUAGCCCACGGGGAAAGUGUUGAGCCAAUGCAUGAGACAAACACUUUGAAUCGGUAGGUAAAACAUCCCAUUUUUUAUUAGCACACUAUGUUAUUUAUUAGAAAUCAAAUAACAGCUUGUGAGAUGUAUAUAAAAAAUCUACAAUUUUGGCACUUUACUUAGCUUUACUUAGUGACUUUAAAAUUAUUUCAAGAGUUAUUAGAGAGACUUUAUUAUUAUAAUGGACUUUUAAGCUACAAUGUAUUGUUAAAUGAAUACGUUUAAAUAAAAAAAGGUUAGGUGUAAAUAAAACAGUUCAAGAUGUUCGUAGAGCUGACUUUAGGAUUUAUAUACCAUUUGGUAUAAUGGAAAUUUUAUAGUUAUUUGUUGGGUGCUGCCGGUACAAUGAUGAGAAAGUAAGAAUGAUAUUGGCAGCAUAGCUAAACGUACCUAACUGUAUUUUUAUAAAUAAUUCCACAUAGCCAUAGUAAUUCUGACCUGUUAGGAAAAACGCUUGGCAAAGACAUUCAGUUGAUUCUUGUGUAAAGGGCAUAGACAAAAAGACCGGCAUCUUUCAUCACAGUAAAAAUUAAUUACAAUGUUUGAAACAUUUUUUGAAACAAGAACUGAAGGAGCCCUCCAACUAAAGUAUGUAAGGCUUACACACAGGAGAAGGUAGUAUUCAGUCAGCUAGAAGACUAACUUACCCUGUGUUAGCUACUACAAGCCAGUGUCCCUUGAGGACCCAGAGGUAUUCUCUGAGAAGGGCUUGCUGUGCCACUUUGAAAGCAGCUUCCAGCGCAUACACAGAGCUGCAUUGCUUACUGAAUGUUCAUUCCUUUAUGUAGACAAACUGAUGCUGAGAGCCCAGGACAAGCAAUCAGCCUGCACGCAGGUGAGUCCCCAGCCAACCGGAAUGAAGUAUCAGACAGACUGAGAAUAGUUUGAACAAAAAACAGGUCAUCUGAAAUUGAAGUGAGCUUGUCAUGUAACUCCAAGGAUGCUGGGGCACUUCUAUUUGGGAGGAUUUACACUGUGCAUCUUCUGUAGAAAACUGACUCCCCUGAACUGGCCCCUCAUCAUCUAACUGCUGACCGCUGCAUGCGAGGACUAUGAAGCUGUGCUGGGCCAGGGGAAGGAAGGACUUGUUCCCUCUCAUCCCCACAGCUGGAAGAGCACAGUGCUCUGCCUGGGGCCCUCACGAAGGCCGGCAGGAGCAGGCGAGGAGGUGGUAUCAGCAUAGGACCUGUUACGCUCUUACAUGAACUGUUCCUUCUGCUUCCUGCAUUUGCUGUCACAAAGAGCAUGGAGAGAGCGAGCCCACUGAAAGGUCUGUGCCAUUUUGCUGCAGAUGCAUUAUGAAUAGGAGCAGGGCUUGCUGGAGGGAGCUCUAAGUAAUGCCUGACUGUGCACCUGUGCUCAGACAGCAGUGCUCACUGCUGCUUCAGCCUAACAGCCUAGACCAGGUUGUCUAUGAUGUUUAGCAAUCUUGGCCAGAGAGACAAAAGGAAUUUAAGACCCCUGUCACAACUAUAGGCAGAUUAAAAGUCAUGGCUGUAAAAAUCUCCUUCCAUAGCUGUCCACCUUGUUAGUUCCUGCCUUGAAAGUUCCUGCUUUGCAGGCAGCUGAGAUCUUUGUGCUCAGGUUUUAGUAUUAUUAAAUAUGCUGGGCUGUAAUUUGUGGCAAUUCAGCUGAUGUUUCAAGAGCAGUUGAGCCAUCUGUGCAGUAGGGGCAGGCCAGACAGAUGUGGGUGGCAGCCUGAUUAUAAUCUGCCUUUGUGCGUGAAUCAGAGACCCAGCAUUUUUAAUACUUUACAAUAUGGGUAAAACUGACUCACGUUUCUCUGGGCAAUGAAUAGGUACCACUGUAGCCUCUGGGAUUUCCCCUGCUAAAUAUCAAAGGCCUGCAACAAACAACAGAGGUGUUAAUGCUUCCCAGAGAAAGAGUCCUUUAUAAUGGAAAGUAUUAGUCAACCAGAAUACAGAGGAGUCUUUUCCAGAUCUUUUACACUAGCUUACCAGAAGCCUUUAAUCCAAUAUCCAACAACUUACUCCUUUGGGCAGAUCCCCAUGCCUGCCUGAUUGGGAGGUUGCUGCCUUCGUGCAAGCUGCACUGCAGGUACCAAGGUUAAUUUACACAAAGCCCGUUCAGGGCUUCACAUGACAGAUUUAAACAUGGCAUUAUAGAUCUGUACUUGAGCUGCAGAACCACGCUUGCAGGGCAAGGGUAUGACCUGCAAAUUCUGAAUUGCCACAACUUUGUGUGAGCCUAUUAAAUACAUUUUGGAAGACCAAAUCAACUGUGGGGGCAGACACAAUGGGAUGAUAAUUUAUUAAUGGAGACCUAUUUUUGAAAAUCAUAUUUUAAAAUAAUUUCCCUCAGUUACGCUGCUUAAUGACACUCUAGAGUUUUAUUCUACUAUUGCUUAGGUACCCGGUCCACUUUAUUAUUAUUCACAGUGUUUGUGUUCACACAAGGGCUUUGCAAAGCUAAAAAGUUACCUCCAUUUUCUUGUCAGUAAUGCAGUUUAAAGUUUACAUUCUUAUAUUAGUUUGCAUACAGAUGCUUUGUUAACACCCAUGUAUUUACUAGGCAAUAGUAGUUAGUGACAAUGGAUUUCGAAGUUGUUUUGUCAGAUUUUAUGUUAAGAUUUAAGUGUUACAUUAGCACUCCAAGAUGCUGGUUUGCAUGUACCAAGCAAAAUAAAAUAUCCAUGUGAAUGAAAGCA